AUGUCUACCCGACAAGCAGUACGGUCGUUGAGACAGCUCACAAAUGGUCGACCUUUCAGCACAGUCGUGGACGACCGCAUGGCCAUGGCAGCAGCUACAAGCCCUCUGCCCAGAACCGGAAAUGUUCUUCAAGAAGCCAUGAGACAGACUGGACCUAGACACGACUGGUCCAAGGAUGAGAUUCGUGAGAUCUACAAGACUCCCCUGAUGGAGUUGGCACAUCAAUCGGUAUGUACACGUGCUGUGUGA